CUGAAUUAAGGGACCAACAGCCUCGUAUACACAUUAUUGUCUUCAGUUUGUCUCGUGCCCGAUUAUGCUAGCACCAGCAGGAUAACAACAAUGAAGCCGAACAGUCACACGCUCAAACACAAAUCUUCUCAUGACACCGAGAGGGAGUUUGGAGGAACACUGGGGGCAGUAUGCAUACCCAUCUUUCUCCCACUGACGGUUCUGUUCCUGAUCUCUGUGAGUCAGUCUCCUGAGGCCAGUGUGCUCCAGUGGCCCCCUCCUCUUCCCCUCAUUGAGCAGCUCUGGGACCCUCUGGCCCCUGUGGUCCUGCUGGGCUGGAUCGCUCUGCAUGCUCUCCUCUACCUGAUGCCAAUAGGAAAGGUGUCUGAAGGAUUAGUGCUGAGGGAUGGAACACGUCUCAAAUAUCCUAUAAAUGGUUUUCAUGGCCUGUGCGUCAGCGGUGUGCUGCUCAUGUUGUUCCUGGGGCUCGGGGCUCCUCUUGGGUAUCUGUUUGAGCUGAUGUUGCCUCUGGCAGUGUGUGCAAUAGCUGUGUCGUUCCUGUUCUCCAUCUACCUCUACAUCCGCUCUUUUUGGGCUUCUUCUCAUGCUCUCGCUUUGGGAGGCAACACAGGAAAUCCUCUGUAUGAUUUUUUCAUCGGUCGAGAGCUGAACCCUCGGAUCGGAGACUUUGACCUGAAAUAUUUCUGUGAGCUCAGACCAGGUCUGAUCGGUUGGGUGGUCAUAAACCUCGGCAUGCUGAUGAAGGAGGUGGAGCUGCGAGGUUCCCCCUCACUUGCCAUGAUCCUAGUCAACAGUUUCCAGCUCCUGUACGUGGCUGACGCUCUGUGGAACGAGGAGGCUCUUCUCACAACCAUGGACAUCGUGCAUGAUGGUUUCGGCUUCAUGCUGGUCUUUGGGGACCUGGCCUGGGUCCCCUUCACGUACGGCCUGCAGGCUGCCUUCCUAGUUGUGCACCCACAGACCCUGAGUGCACUCGGAGCGGCAGUUAUAAUAGCUCUGAAUGGUAUUGGAUAUUAUAUUUUCAGAAAAUCCAACUCGCAGAAGAACCAGUUUAGACGAGACCCCACACAUCCAAGUGUUGCAAGACUGGAGACAAUCGCCACAGCAACAGGGAAACGUCUGCUGGUGUCGGGCUGGUGGGGUCUGGUUCGUCAUCCUAAUUACCUCGGUGACCUCCUGAUGGCUCUGGCCUGGUCUCUGCCCUGUGGUUUCACACACAUCUUGCCGUACUUCUACGUCAUAUAUUUCACCAUCCUGCUGAUUCACAGAGAGGAUCGUGAUGAGAGACAGUGCAGGGCCAAAUAUGGACUGGCAUGGGACACCUACUGUCGACGGGUGCCCUACAGGAUCUUUCCUUAUAUCUACUGAACACAAAGCAGUUGAGUUGAAUAGGACCAAACCUUACACUUACAGCAAACUUGGCAAUAACUCAAACCAGGCCUCAAUUUUAGUGGCACAUAUGCACAAAUCCUUGAUUUGAAAGGCUUUAACAUAAGAAUUAUGCAUCAUAGAUCAUUAUUUUUAAUAAAUAGAGACUUGACUAUCAAAUUUCCAGGGAAUCCAUCAGAAAGAAACAAGUCUGCAUUUCUUGUUUCUUUUAUUUAUUGUUCACACACCAGAGAAGGCUAAAGCUACAUCUAGGCACUUGUCUUUUAAAGCAUUUUUAAUUAUUAAAAAGAAUACUCCAGAAGUUUAUGCAUUCACUUGUGCAAUAACCUGACACACCAGAUGGAUUUGUUUCACACAUCCAUCUGGGAAAGCUUCAAUAGGAAAUGUUUGAGAAAAGGCAGAGGCUUUGAAAAAAACUCGGGGUGUGAUUGGGU